AUGUCUGAUUAAGAGGAAAAUGACGAAAAGGUUGAAACUCCUAGAGAUGAAAGGGGUAGAAAAAUUAUUUAAUUAAGAGAAGAAACUGUUUUAGAGAAAAAAAUGAAAACUAAGGCACUUGAUAAGUAGAAAAAUAACAUAACUUAGGCUUAAAUUGUUAUGGGAAAGGAAUUUAAAGGUGAUUCGUUUGCCUGCAAGCCAGAAUAAAUAAUAUUUUAAGAUUUUGAAGUAGGUGAACCGUAUGUAUAAACAGUGCUACUUACGAAUGUAUCAAAUACUUAAAACUCAUUCAAAUUGUUACUGCUAAAGGAAAAAAUAAGAGAUUACUUUGAAAUUAUGUAUAAACCUCCUGGAAGAAUCUCUGCUGGUAUGUCAUGUCCUAUUACAAUCAGAUUUACUGCUUAAGUAAAUGAAGAUAUAGAUGACUUUUUCCCUAUCUUAACUGAAACAGGUCCAGUAAAUAUACCCCUUAAGUGUUUCUGUAAGAAAGCUAUAGUUGUCUGUGAUAACACAGUUGUAGAUUUUGGUUAGGUUAUAUAAGGAGAAUUCGGAGUUAAAAAUUUGAUAUUACAAAAUAAGGGUGCUUUACCAACUGAUAUAAUUAUAAAAAGUAAAGAUGGUGCAGAUAUUUUAACGAAAACAGAAACAGCCUCAGUAGUUGGUUCUGUUAAUAGGGGAGUUGGAGGAUCUUAAAAGUCAUUUUAAGGGGAAGAUGAUGAUGAAGAUAAUGAUCUUUAAUCAUCCUUAUCAUAACUUAAAUUUGCAAAGCAGCAUACAAUUUAGGGCUACUCUCAACUAAAAAUACCAAUCAAAUAUAUUCCUAAUAAAAUAAAAUCUUUACAUCUACCAUUAGUACUCUACUUUGAGAACUUUUUACAUUCACGUCCUAUUGAAAUUGUUAUCAAAGGAGAAUGCAUUGAAGUGCCAAUUUAUGUUGAAAAAACACUUUAUGAUUUUGAAAUUUGUCUUUUAAAUCAUAUUUAUAGAGAAAAAAUUGUCUUUUACAACAGAAGUUAAAACGCAAUGAAAACAUAAAUAGUAGCUCCAAAAGAAACAAAAUCCUUCUUUGAAUUUAAUCCUUUGCUUGGAUAUAUAUAAGGUAAUUCUAAGUUUGAAGUAUGGGUAAAAAUGAAUGCUGAUAAGGAUCUAUUGACUCUCUGCAGUAAAUACUUAGAUUAAAAAACAGGAAUUCUAGAUAUACCCUUUAAAUUAAUUGGAGCUGGAUAAGAAAUGCCAGUUUUAUUCACUAUUAGAUCUAAAAUGACUAUAGAUACUGUUUAAAUUACACCUGGUAAAAUAAAUUUUGGGAAAUUAUAUGAAGGUACAGCUUCAAGAAUGCCUCUUACUUGCGAAAAUCUAUCAGAUUUACCUCAAGAAAUUUUAUUCUACCCUCUCCCUAAAGAAAUUUCAGUUGAAUUAGAUUUAAUUCCAUUAAAGCUAUUGCCAAAAGAAAAGUUUUAAACAAAUUUAAUUUAUAGAAGUACAAAGAUACCAGGUAUUGAUAAUAGGAAAGAUGAAGGUUAUUUAAAAUGCAAAAUAAUUACUGGUAAUAUAGCAACAAAAGAUAUAAGAAUACCUUAUUCUUGUGAUAUUAUGAAAUGCCCUCUAGAGUUUAGUGCAAUGAAAAUAGAUAUUCCAGUCAUGCAAGUAGACGAAAUGUUUAAUACAACUUUGAUGAUUAAAAAUACAACUUAUAAAACAAUGAUUUUUGAAUUUUUUUUACCAAAGUUUGAAAUUUGUGGUUUAAAAUUAACACCAAUGGUUGAAAGAAUCAAGCCAGAAGAAAGUGUUGAAAUAAAUAUUGAAUACUAAAGUUUCUUUAAAAAAUUAAAUGCAUUUACUUUGGAGGAACUAGUCUAAAAGUACGAUAAUGAUCCAAAUCAUAACUUUUAGCUUAAAAUGUAAAUGAAAAAAGAUGAAAUUGAAAAAGCUAAGAAAGAGUAAGAAUAGAAAGAACUUGAAGCAGCAGAUCCUAAAGCAGCUAAAGGAGCUAAGAAAGUUCCUGAAAAGAAGGAAGCACCACCAAAAAAAGAUGUCAAAUUAAAUAAAACGCAGCAACAAGCUCUUGAAGAAGAAUAACGUAGAUAAGAAGAACUAUAAAGAAUAAAGGAAGAAGAAGAAAAAUAAAAGAGGUUGGAAAUAGAAAAAAAUUUUGAUAUGGAAGAAGAAUUAGCAAAGUUAGGUGGUAAACUCCUAGAAUUCCAUUUAGAUGAUACUAUUAAAUAUAGCUAGCACUAUACAUGGCUAGUUCCAUGCUAUUUCAAACCUGUUGAUAUGCCUGAUGCUUCAAAAUUCUUAACAUUUGUAGAAAUUAAUACUGUAACUGUUUAAAAAUCUCUAGUUCUUAAUAAAACUGUUAUUGAUUUUGGUGAAAUAGCAGUAGGAAUAAAGGAAAUUAAGUAGUUAAUUAUUACAAAUAACUCAGAUUAAAAUGCAUAAAUUUCUAUGGAUCUUUUACCUCUAUUUAGUGGAUUUAACAUUAUUAAUGCACUAAGAGAAAUAGAACCUACAAAAUCUAGAAUUCUUUUUGUUUAAUUUUAACCUCAUGAAGAUAAACCCUUUGAAGAGACUUUAAGAAUAAAGUGUAGAACAACUUGUGUUAGUGCUAAGUUAAUUGGAAAAGGUGUUAGACCUGAAGUUAAAAUACAACCUGAAAAUGGAUUAAUCAAUGUUGGAGGAGUUGUUUUAGGAGAAAAGGUAGAAAAAUCUUUCAAGGUGAUAAAUGUUUCAAAUUUCCCCAUUAAAUUUAAAGUAGCUUCAAUAGCUCACGGUAUUUACAAUAAAAAUGGCUCUAAAGUGUUUAGCUUUAGUCCAUCAGAAGCUUAAAUUGAAGCAAAUAAAGAAAUGGAAAUAAAAGUAGUGUUCUAACCUGAUAGAAUAAGUGAAUAGUUCUUUGAGUUAAUUUCUAUUUUUGUUCCAAACUAAAAAGAUGAAAAGUAACUUUUUGUUUGGGGAAGCUGUUAUCCCAGAUAAGGUUAUGUAACUCACUACAAGCCAUACCUUUCAUUACCUAAUUCUCAGGAUCUUCCUAGUAAAAUUGAAGCAACGUUCGAUACACUUAAAAUAUUAGACGAAGAAUUAAUAUUUAGUCCUAAAAAUACAAGAAUAAUGCUAGAAUUUACAAAAAUAAAAUCGAAAGAAGUGAAUUCAUUUGCACCAAAGCAGACAGCUGAUAGGAAUAUACCUAUUUCAUUAAUAUCAGAAAACGAAGAAGUAGAUGAAAAAUCAUUUACUCGUAAAAUUAUAAUAGGUAACAGCAAAAUUGCUAGUGAUCCUAAAUUAGAGAAACCUGUAAAUUUUGAAAUCAUAAUGCCAAAAGAUGACAAAAAUAAUUAUUUUACAUGUGAUAAUGUGAAGGGUGCUGUAGCUCCUGGUAUUGAAACAGUUAUAAGCUUUAAAUUUAAGCCACCUGCUAUGGAUGCUCUUAUUGCAAGUAUAGAAGCAUUGCAAGGUUUAGGACAAUGGAAAGAAAUGAAGGCCGAGCUAAAAAUUUCAGGAGGAUUUUUAAAUCCUGGACAAUAAGAUGUUUGGGUAUUCGAAGUAAUUCUAAGAGCAUAUAUAAAUUAAAUUUGA